AUGGCCAAAACACGCUCCUCCCAAGGCUCCUCUUCACCAGCCAAUGCCACACCUAGCGCCACGCCAAAAGCCACCAAGAAGCGCACUGCUUCUUCCGCUGGCGUUGAUGGUGAAGCACCAAAGGCAAAGCGGGGUCGGCCUACGAAGAAGCUGAAGGAGCAGAAGACUAUUGAGGAGACUAUGAAUGGUGAUGAGGGCAAGGAUGCGGGGAUGGGUGAUAGCAAGGAUCAGGAGAGCAAGGAUGAAAUCAUGGCUAAUGUCAAUACCGAUGGUGUUGAGGAUGACAAGACUAUUGCCGAGGAGAUUAAUGGCAAGAUUCAAGAAAACAAGGGUGAGGAUGUGAAGAAUGGGGAUGCGGCCGAGGAUGAUAAGGUCAAUGGAAAAGAAGAGAGUGAGAAGUCUGACUCGGAAAAGAAGAAUGAGGAUGCCACCGAGGAUGAUAAGGUCAAUGGAAAAGACGAAAUUGAGAAGUCUGACUCGGAAAAGAAGAAUGAGCAUGCCACCGAGAGACCAGAAGAGAAGAACGCUUUUGACGAAGUCAAAUCCUCUCCCAGCGACGUCAAAGAGGCGGCGCAUGAAGAACAGGAAAAGAAAACCGAAGACAUUCACCAAAACAAUACCUCUGUGGUUGAAGACAAAGCCCGCUCAUCCGCAAUCCCAUCCUCAAUCCUUGAGAAGGGAAUCAUCUACUUCUUCUUCCGUCCCCGUGUUAAUACGACCGAUCCCCAAGGAAUCGAAGACAUAGCACGCUCUUUCAUCGUCCUCCGCCCUCUGCCCCUCGGCGCCAAGCUCGGCGAUGGCCCACUUGAAGAUUCGGGAAAUGCGAGACUGUUGGCGCUACCGAAGAAGAUGCUGCCAAAGAGCAAACGGGAUAGAUUUUUGGUAUUCGUGGAGAAGGGUGAGGCAUCUAUUAAGGAGUUGAGAGAGGGCUUUCAAGGAAGUGAGUAUGCUACUAAGACUGUUGGUACGAGUACAACCGAACCCGCUACUCCCUUUGCAGAAGGCAUCUACGCCAUCACGUCCACAGGCCGUGAAUCCCAUCUCGCGUACCACCUCACGGUCCCGUCCUCCAUCGGCGAGAUCCAAAAGGAACUCGGCCUCCACGAGCAAGGCAGUUUUGUCGUCUCGGCUAAAAACCCAGAGACUCCUUCGCCCGGUAACGCCGGACUUGAUAAUCCGGCCAAGUAUCCCGAGGAUCUACAGAAGAAGUUUAGGGGCUUGAGAUGGAUGCCGCUGGUUCCAGAGGUGCUUGGGUAUGAGGGCACACAGGUAUUGCUUAUCGGGGAGGCGAUGGGGGGAUUGGGAAAGAGUGUCGAUGAGAUGAGUAAGGAUCAGAGGGAUGGGGAGAAAGAGACACCGGCGGAGGAGAUGGAGAAAUUGGAGGAAGAGGAUCACGACCGUGUUGAGAACCUUAAAGAAGAUGAUCCUGUCUUUGCGGACUUGGGUCUCAGCUCCAAGGAGUUUCCUCACUUACAGACGACAUGGUAA